GAACUAACCAAAAAAUAAACCUAAACUAAAAACACAACAACUAAAACUGAAUAACCAAAAAGAAAAAUCAAAAACCUUUUUUAUUCAUAUUCAUCUAACUAAAAAGAAAUCAAACCAAAAUACAAUGGAUGAUACUGAGAAAAUGACGGCUUUGAAGAAAGCAUACGCUGAAAUAAUUUUGAACACCGCUAAAGAGGCGGCGGGUAGGAUAAUGGUAUCUGAAAGAAAAGCCCAUCAGUUUCAUCAUGAUCUUUCUACAACUAAAGAAGAAUCUCUUCGUCUUUUACUAAGGCUUAAACAAACAAUGGAUGUUAAAAUGAACGAAGCAGAGAUGAAAUCUUUAAACCAACAAAGAAGAAUCGAAGAAUUAGAAGCUCAGCUCCAAGAAGCUGAAGAUAUAGUUAGUAACCUUAGAGGGGAGUUGAAUGAGGCGCAUCUGAAGCUGGAGGCGCUCAAACAAUCGAACAAUGUUCUACAUAUGUCCAAAAAAGCUCACCGUCAGGAAGAAACUGAACAACACCCUGGGAAUGGGCCGUCUAAAGCUGUUAUUGGUGCUGAAACAAAUUCUUCUGUUAAAUUAGCAAAUGGGAAUCACGGUAUAAGUAAUUCUGUUACGGAAUUUGGUUAUUCCGGGGAUCCAGUUGUUCCUUCAAUAAUUAUGAGAAGCGACAAAUCUGAGUUAUAUAGAAAUGGGUGUACACAAAGAAUUCGUGCGUAUGAAGGGAAGCUUUUAAAUGGCCAUUUUUCUUUGUCGGGAGAGUUAGAUGACCUUAAAUAUGAGAAAGCCGUGAGAGAAGAUAUAGAAAGAGAAGGAAAAUACAUGACUUCUAAUGGUGAUGCAAAAAAUGUGGACAGAAGCCGAAGCAAACCACAAGCAUUGAAAUCAUUCCGAAAGAGAAAGAAACGAGCCGCUCGAUGCAGAAGAAGUAACACUUCUUCCCUUUACCCUAUUCCUCUUCUGGCUAAGGAAACACUUUCCGUCCCUGAAAACUCCGAAAAAACAUGCUCGCCGGAUUCUCAUGACAUCCAUGAAAAUGGUGUCCCUGAAGUUACAAGCACACACUUGCAUUCUCCUCCAACACCGUCUGCGGUUUCUGCAAUGGGUGUUUUAUUAAAAGGUAUAGCGACCACCAAAGAAAAUGGUACUGUGGGUUGUAUGGAUACGGUGAAUGAAGAUACUGAAGUAGCUGGUAGUUUAGUUUUGGAUCGGCAACAAAGUGGGCCCGGGAAUUGCUCAGAUGAUCAAAGCUCUAAACAAGAACUUGAGACAAAGGACUUUUCCUCGAUGAACCUGGAUUCUAAACUUCUGGAAGACGGGAGUGGUUUCCCUAGCCCAUCGCGUAAAGAUAGGGUUCUUAAGUAUACUUUUCAGAGGAAACGGAAGAAAGAAUCUUUUAGCGGUGAUGAUAGCGGCUUGCAUGAAGAGAACCCCUUGAAAAGAAGAAUGGUGAAGAAACAGAAUGACAAUCUCGAGGGAUCAAAAUCUGACAAUGGGUCUGACUCUUCUCGAGAUAGUCGGAGGAUGGCACAAGUGGCACGCCAGCUUAUAUCUUUGUCGGAGAAGAAAUGGUGGAAGUAGAGGACGAGUUUUGCUGCUCCGUGUGAAAAGUUGGCUAAAAAUCUAAACUGUUGAAAACUAUCAACCGGUUCGACAUCGUUGUUCAUGUUGAGAAAAUAACACCUUAUUUAACAGCAACUGCAUCCAUAGAGGAACAAAGAGAGUAAUCAUUGUAAUAUCGGGUCAGGUUGAUUACGUUUCGAAUGUCACAUUCAAUAAAGUAUUAUGUUUGUUAAUGUUAUAGCAGUUUUCCCCAAAACUCAUAUAAACUUGAGAGUUAACAUCUUCAUGGUGUUUAAUGUUCUUGACAUUCAAUUAAUUAAUAUAUAUAGGAGUAAUUAUAUUCGAUGUAUGUGGA